AACGCCGCAGCACGAGUGUGACGCACGCCGCGUGCCCCGCCGACCCGCUGCUGCUGCUGCUGCUGCCGCUGCCGCCGCCGCUGCUUUUUGAGCCUCCAGCCUCUGCCGGGCCGCCGCGCGGUGCCUGUGGUGGUGGAGGCGGAGGUGUCGGUGGAGUGGAGGUGGUGGUGGAGGUGGAGGUGGUGGUGCAUGGUGGAGGGCCCGCGGGAGGGAGUGGCGCGCCGCGGGUCUCCUAGGUAGAAUGCUGCUGAUGGAGAAGAUGCUGCCCCACCUCGGCUACGUGCAGCCCUCCUUCCACGUGCUGAGCCAGCUGGCGCGGCCCGUGCCCCUCACGCUGCCCCAGCAGAUGCCGCCCCUGCCCGGCCUGCCGCACUUCGCCAGCCACGCCGCCCUCAAGUUGGGCGGCCUGCCCCCCGCCGCGCCGCACGACUCGCCGCACUCCGUCGCCUUCUCCGUGCUGGGGCGCGGCGGCGGCGGAGGCGGCGGCGGAUACCUGGACCGGGCGGGAGGGGACCCCAGCGGCGGCCUGCCGCCCGGCCUGCCCUCGCCCUACGACCGCGACGACGACAAAGACGGAGACGACGCAGACGGCGACGCGGCGGCCAAGCGGCGACGUUCGCGGACCAACUUCAACUCGUGGCAACUUGAGGAACUGGAGCGCGCCUUCGAGGGCUCGCAUUACCCCGAUGUGUUCAUGAGGGAGGCGCUGGCCAUGCGUCUGGGCCUCACCGAGAGUAGAGUCGCCGUGUGGUUCCAGAACCGGCGCGCCAAGUGGCGCAAGAAGGAGCAAACGCGCAAGGGCCCGGGCCGCCCCGCGCACAACGCCCACCCGCAGUCCUGCUCGGGCGAGCCCAUCCCGCCGGACGAGCUGGAGCGGCGGGAGCGGGUGCGCCGCGAGAAGAAGGUGCUGAAGCAGCUGGAGCGGCAGCAGCGCAAGCUUGCCCUGAAGGGCGUGCACGUGAGCCUGGAGCAGCUGCGGCGGGAGUACGAGAACCAGCACAAGCCGGAGCCGGAGAUCGACGUGGUGGGCGACGCCUCGGACCAGGAGGAGUCGCGCGAGUACUCCGACGCCGCGGCCCUUGCGCGGGAGUUCGCCGACGCCACCGCCCUCGCGCGGGACUCCUCCUCCUCGUCCCAGGAGCCGCCCACACCCACGCCCACCGCCACGCCCACGGCCACCCCCGCCUCGCCGAAGAGCCCCGCCACGCCCCCCGCCAAGCGGCCCCGCCCCUCCACCUUCUCCAUCGCCUCCCUGCUGUCCCUCUCCGAGCCGGCCGACUGCCCCCCCCGCCCGCACGACUCGCCCCCCGACGUCGCCCCCCACGUGGAAGCCCCGCCCCCCGCCACUACUCGCAGCCCCGCCCCGCCGCCCCCCGUCCAGGCCCCCCCGGCGGCCCCCCAGCGAGACACCGCCAGGGGGGAGGCGCGCGCUCCAAUGUCCCUGCCCCCCCUGCCGUCCUCCAUCAGUGUCAGCAUCAGGAGAUCAACCCCCUCCCCCUAGCCGCCCCCCUCCCCCCCUGACAAGCUUUAGUGUGUGUGGUGUUACCGGGGGGCAGAGGGAGGGGACGCCGCCCCCCUCGCCCCCCACAACCCUCGUGACACCUGAGUGAUGUUACCUGCGGACAAGGACAGACGGACAGGUGUUCCCCCGAUAAUCCGUACACAUGCGGACGGAGGCGAAACCCGGAACCUCUUUAAAACGAACCCCGUGGACCCCCCGCCCC